UCCCUGACGCGCAGACUCUGAGCAGCCUGAUCCGAUGGGGAAGCACAUCGGCCAUUUUGCUUGAGAGGGGACCUCGGCUUUAACACGUGAGAGAGAGGAGCCUUAAACACCCCGGGAACCGUGACUCCAGGAGGAUAUCAUUCAUGUGUGAACCGACAGAGGCAUAGGAAGCCAGCACAAUGCCCACAAUCACCCUACCGCCGAAGGAGAAUGCGCUCUUCAAGAGGAUUCUGAGAUGUUACGAGCACAAGCAGUACAGAAACGGCCUGAAGUUCUGCAAACAGAUCUUGGGCAACCCAAAGUUUGCAGAGCAUGGAGAGACUCUGGCCAUGAAGGGUUUAACCCUCAACUGUCUGGGUAAGAAAGAGGAGGCCUACGAGCUGGUGAGACGAGGCCUGCGCAACGACCUCAGGAGUCAUGUCUGCUGGCAUGUGUAUGGUCUGCUACAGCGCUCGGACAAAAAGUAUGAUGAGGCCAUCAAGUGUUACCGUAACGCUCUGAAGUGGGACAAGGACAACCUGCAGAUCCUCCGAGACCUCUCCCUGCUCCAGAUCCAGAUGAGAGACCUGGAGGGAUACAGGGAGACUCGGUACCAGCUCCUGCAGCUCCGCCCAGCCCAGCGGGCCUCAUGGAUUGGAUAUGCUGUGGCCUAUCACCUGUUAGAGGACUUUGAGAUGGCUGCCAAGAUCGUCGAGGAGUUCCGCAAAACACAACAGACAUCUCCAGACAAGGUGGACUAUGAGUACAGUGAGCUGUUGCUGUAUCAGAACCAGGUUCUGAGGGAGGCCAGUCUGCACAAGGAGGCUCUUGAUCACCUGAACAACUAUGAGAAGCAGAUCUGUGACAAACUGGCUGUGGAGGAGACGAGAGGAGAGCUGCUUCUGAGGCUGGACAGAUCAGAGGACGCUUCAGAGGUCUACAGGAGCCUCCAGGAGAGGAACCCUGAGAACUGGGCCUACUACCAGGGUCUGGAAAAGGCCUUACAUCCAGCCAGUAUAGAGGAGCGUCAGAAGAUUUAUGAGGACUCCUGGGUGAAGUUUCCUAAAGGCCUGGUUCCCAGACGGCUGCCUCUGAAUUUCCUCACAGGGGAGAGGUUUCGUGAAUGUCUGGACAGCUACCUGAGGAUGAACUUCAGUAAAGGCUGCCCCCCCGUCUUCACUACCCUGAAGUCCCUCUUCACUGACAUAGAAAAGGUUACAAUCAUUGAAGAAUUAGUAGUUGGCUAUGAAACCUGUUUAAAAAGCUGUCGAAUGUUUAGUAAAAACGAUAAUGGGAAGGAGGAGCCCCCCACCACCCUGUUGUGGGUACAGUAUUUCCUGGCGCAGCACUUUGACUUCAUAGGCCAGCCCAACCUCGCUCUGGACUACAUCAACGCGGCCAUCGACAGCACACCCACACUCAUUGAACUCUUCCUCAUCAAGGCUAAGAUCUACAAGCACGCAGGCAACAUAAAGGAGGCAGCCCGAUGGAUGGAUGAGGCUCAGGCCCUGGACACUGCCGACCGCUUCAUCAACUCCAAGUGUGCCAAGUAUAUGCUGAAAGCUGGUCUCAUCAAAGAAGCAGAGGAGAUGUGCUCCAAGUUCACACGGGAGGGGACCUCUGCAGUAGAGAACCUGAAUGAGAUGCAGUGUAUGUGGUUCCAGACAGAGUGUGCUUUGGCCUACAAGGCCAUGAACAAGUUUGGAGAGGCCCUAAAGAAGUGCCAUGAGAUUGAGAGGCAUUUUGUGGAGAUUACAGAUGACCAGUUUGACUUCCACACCUACUGCAUGAGGAAGAUGACGCUGCGUUCCUACGUGGAUCUGCUGAAGCUGGAGGAUGUCCUGCGACAGCAUCCCUUCUACUACAAAGCAGCUCGCACAGCCAUCCAGAUCUACUUGGCCCUGCACGACAAGCCUCUGACGGACGACAACAAGGAGAGCCACACAGACACCGAGAAUCUGACGGACAAGGAGCUGAAGAAACUUCGCAACAAGCAGCGACGAGCCCAGAAGAAGGCGCAGCUGGAGGAGGAGAAGAAGAAUGCAGAGAAGGAGAAGCAGCUAAAGAACCAGAAGAAGAAGAAGGAAGAUGAUGAUGAGGAGAUAGGAGGGCCGAAGGAGGAGCUAAUACCCGACAAACUGGCCAAGCCGGAGAGUCCCCUGGAAGAAGCAGUGAAGUUCCUGAUCCCUCUGAAGAACCUGGUGCGCAACAAGAUAGAGACUCAUCUCCUGGCCUUCGAGAUCUACUUCAGGAAAGAGAAGUACCUGUUGAUGCUGCAGUCAAUAAAGAGAGCUGUAACCAUAGAGCCUUCCAACCCAUGGCUGCACCAGUGUCUAGUGCGCUUCUUCAAAGGAGUGAGCGACGGUGCAGACCUGGCAGAGGCGGUGAGGACGGUGUUGAAGCAGGAGAUCUCCAGAUUGUUUGGGGAGAGUAACCCUCAGAGCUUUAACAAGAGCUACCUCAGCCAACACUCCAACUCCAUCCCCCAUCGACUGGCUGCUGCGAAGAUGAUGGUCUACCUGGAGCCUUCCUCUGAUAAGAUGGCUUGUGAGAUAGCUACGGCCCUGGAUGAGUCGUUGUCUGGGAGAAGCAUCCAGAUCUGUUCUGAGGUUCUUGAGGCCCUGCGUGAUGGGCAGCUGGGUGAGGGUCAGCAGAAGGCUACUGAGGCUUACAGAGCAGCCUGCCAUAAGAUCUACCCUUACAGCCUUGCCUUCAUGCCUCCUGGUUACCAAGACAACAGCACCACAAUCAGUGCCAAUGGCGACCUGUCAGCUGGCGAGCAUGACGACAUUGCAAACGAAAUGUGAGCUCGGACGAGAGGAGAGGAGGAGAAUGAGGAGGAGGUGCGAACACACCGCCAGACGCCUUAGUCCACCAACACACCCAUUUCCCACCCUACCCCGCCCCCCAUCAGUUCCUGGGCCUUGGCUGCUGUGAGUCGUCCCCACGCUGCACUGAUCUGGAUGGACUGAGCACCACAGGAGAGACGAGAGGGAGCCGACACGUGGAACGAUGCCCAUUUAACUUUUUAAACGAAGGCCCUGUUCUGUAACAGAUGGUUGGAGAGGCAGAAGAGGAUUCUGGGAAAUAUGGACUGAGAUGGCUUUUGUGAACACAGUUUAGGUUUUCUCUAACUCCUGUGUUUUCACGCCAAUGUCUUUCUUGUAGGUGCAUCUGCUCACAUUUUUAAAGUAAUUUAUAUAUUACAAACUGACAAAUUAAUAAAACCGUGAAAUCAG